CAAAAUGUAUAAGCAAUAUGUCCCAAACAGGAGCAGGCCCCAUCGAAACUACUCAAGAAAGAAAAUGCUCGAAACUGUGAGCUCUUUCUAUAGCAACCAGGAACAGAUUGUUAAGAAACUGUGUUAUACGAACCAAAAGAAAGCUGAUAAAAGUAGGAGCUCUCGGUUGAAAAACAGAAAUUACUCUAAAACAAAGCCUAAUGGGAGCGUACAUCAAAAGAUCCCAAAAAUUCCUGUGCGUCAGCUAAGGAUGUUGGCUUUUCAGAAAGUUCCCCACGCGGAUUUGGAAAAGGUAGUCAACCAGACAUAUGACCCUAAGAAGGUGUAUCAGAACAGUAUGGUUUCAUUAAAGAGGAAUAUCCCUGCUGAAACUCCCAGCAAGGGCGGGUUUACCAGCAAUAAUGUGAAAUUGGGUCAGCUGCGGAUCAGAAAAAUAGAAAUUCAGAAAGAAAUCCUCCAGAACGGGAUGAAGCUACAUAACUUAUGCAAGAAUAUUAUGACACAAGAAGCUCAAAUAGGGCUCAAAUCUGAGAAAUCAGCAGUGAACUUAACCGAUUCUGGCCCAGAAUGAGCAAUUUGACAUCUUGAAAUCGAGCCAAAUGAGCUCACUUCGAGGAUGCCCAGGCCAAAGUCGACCAAGGGGUUCCGAAAGAAGUUACCCAACUGUGUAGAGCAAGAGUUGGACCAAGCAAAAUAAAAAUAUCAAAAUUCUUAAGAAAAGUAUCAUGAAUACCCGAUUUAAGAUUGAAAAGCAGAAAGUCAAGGCUGGCCCUAUGAAAGGUCUCAAUAAACUCAUCCUCGAAGCCAAUAGAGUCCUCGAGAUGGCUGACUCUUCUGCUAAAAAUCAAGAUUUAGGCCCGCUUAACAUCCAAAUUAAGGGAGAAGAGGCAUCUGAGAUUGAUUUUACAGCACCUUGAAAGCAAUAUUUUCAGAACAAUAAUUGAGAAUGGGAACCUCAGUUAGAAAUCGGUAUUUUAGAAGAUUGUGGUUCUGAUAGAUCGUUCGAGCAACCCAAAAAGUUAAAGAGGUUAAAAUCAACACAAAUUUUUUAAUCAUAAGUGGUUUGACCUUUCUAUAUCAGAACAUUAACCUAUUUUCCAAGAAGAGCUAAUUCUAUAUGCAUAUGGUAGUUUUCA